AGAUUGAGACAGAUUCAAACACUUGCACUGUUCCUUUGUGCCCUGGUGAGAAAUAUGAAUUUACGGUGGUCACCCUGGGUGAAGACAAAAAGGAGAGUAAAAGUGUGUCAGCGACUACAUACACAGACAUCCCUACACCAGAGAAGUUAAAGAUAGAAAGAAAGGAAAAGUCUGCAAUGGUGACCUGGAGGAAGCCAGACGGACUGGAUCAGGUUGAAUACGUGGUGUCCCUUUGUGAGGAGAGAAAGGAAGAGGAUAAGGAGGAGUGUUUACGCACCAUCACAACAAAAUCUGAAAAAUGCCCCUUACAUGAUCUGGAGCUCAACAUGAAGUACACCGUCAGAGUUUCUUUUAAGCUGAAAAAUGGCCAUCAAGGCAAAGCAAGCAUAUGCCAUAUCCUCCGAGCAGUGUCAGCCCCAGAGCAGCUCGUAGUGUCUUCGGUGACUCCAACAUCUAUAAAUCUCACAUGGUCACGACCACAUGGGAUGGAUCAGACUCCACACUACCAGAUCUCUUACAAAAUUAGAGGGACUGAACCACAGACCAUCUCUACCGAUUCAUGCAGUGCAGACAUCACAGGCCUGAAGCCAUACACCAUCUACAGUGUCAGCGUCUGCACAAAGCUUAGGGACGAUGAAAUGAGUGAAGCAGUUGGAGAAGAAGUUUGUACAGGGGUGUCAGCCCCAGAGCAGCUCACAGUGGCUUCAGUGACUCCAACAUCUAUACAUCUCACAUGGAGCCCACCAGAUGGGAUGGAUCAGACUCCAGAAUCCUACCAGAUCUCUUACCACAGUGGAGGGCCAGAGUCAGAGCCCAUCUCUACAGGUUCAUGCAGUGCAGACAUCACAGGCCUGAAGCCAUACACCGAGUAUAGUGUCAGCAUCUGCACUAAGCUUAAGGAUGGGGGAAUGAGUGAACCUGUGAAUAAGAAAGUUUGUACAGCUGUGCCAGCCCCAGAGCAGCUAACAGUGUCUUCAGUGACUCCAACAUCUGCUAAACUCACAUGGAUCUCACCAGAUGGGAUGGAUCAGACUCCAGAAUCCUACCAGAUCUCUUACCACAGUGGGGGGCCAGAGUCAGAGCCCAUCUCUACAGGUUCAUGCAGUGCAGACAUCACAGGCCUGAAGCCAUACACCGAGUAUAGUGUCAGCAUCUGCACUAAGCUUAAGGAUGGGGGAAUGAGUGAACCUGUGAAUAAGAAAGUUCGUACAGCGGUGCCAGCCCCAGAGCAGCUCACAGUGGCUUUAGUGACUCCAACAUCUGCUAAACUCACAUGGAGCCCACCAGAUGGGAUGGAUCAGACUCCAGAAUCCUACCAGAUCUCUUACCACAGUGGAGGGCCAGAGUCAGAGCCCAUCUCUACAGGUUCAUGCAGUGCAGACAUCACAGGCCUGAAGCCAUACACCGAGUAUAGUGUCAGCAUCUGCACUAAGCUUAAGGAUGGGGGAAUGAGUGAACCUGUGAAUGAGAAAGUUUGUACAGCGGUGCCAGCCCCAGAGCAGCUAACAGUGUCUUCAGUGACUCCAACAUCUGCUAAACUCACAUGGAGCCCACCAGAUGGGAUGGAUCAGACUCCACACUUCUACCAGAUCUCUUACCACAGUGGGGGGCCUGAGUCAAAGACCAUGACUGCACUUUCGUGCAGCGCCAUCAUUCAAUACCUGGAGCCAUGCACCGACUAUAUGGUCAGCGUCUGCGCUAAGCUUAAGGAUGGGAGAAUGAGUGAAUCUGUGAACAAACCAGUUCAAACAGCUGUGUCAGCCCCAGAGCAGCUCAUAGUGGCUUCAGUGACUUCAACAGCUAUUCACCUCAAAUGGAGCCCACCACUUGGGAUGGAUCAGACUUCAUACUGCUACUGCUACCAGAUCUCUUACCACAGUGAAUGGACUGAACCACAGAUCAUCUCUGCUAAUUUAUGCAGUGAAGUCAUCAAAGGCCUGAAGCCAUACACCAACUACAGUGUCAGUGUCCUCACAAAGGUUAAGAAUGGAGAAAUGAGUGAACCUGUUAGGACAGACACUCGUACAGCUGUAGCAGCCCCAGAGCAGCUCACAGUGGCUUCAGUGACUCCAACAUCUAUUCAUCUCACAUGGACCAAACCACAUGGGAUGGAUCAGACUCCUGAAUCCUACCAGAUCUCUUACCACAGUGAAGGGACCGAUCCACAGACCAUCUCUUCAGAUUCAUGCAGUAAAGUCAUCACAGGCCUGAAACAAUGCACUAAGUAUAGUGUCAGCAUCUGCACUAAGCUUAAGGAUGGGGGAAUGAGUAAACCUGAAAUAAAAGAAGUUCGUACAGCGGUGCCAGCCCCAGAGCAGCUCACAGUGGAUUCAGUGACUCCAACAUCUGCUAAACUCACAUGGAGCCCACCACAUGCUAUGGAUCAGACUCCACACUCCUACCAGAUCUCUUACCACAGUGAAAGGACUAAACCACAGACCAUCCCCACUAAUUCAUGCAGCGCAAACAUCAAACGCCUGAAACCAUGCACCAGCUAUAAUGUCAGCGUCAGAGUUAAGCUUAGGAAUGGGGAAAUGAGUGAAGCUGUAGGAGCACUAGUUCAUACAGGGACUCCAUUCCCAGAGAAGCUUAAAGUGUCUUCAGUGACUCCAACAUCUUUUCAUCUCACAUGGACCAAACCACAUGAAAUGGAUCAGACUCCAGAAUCCUACCAGAUCUCUUACCACAGUGAUGGGUCUGAACCACAGAUCAUCACUACAAAUUCAUGCAGUGAAGUCAUCAAAGGCCUGAAGCCAUGCACCAACUAUGUCGUCAGAGUCUGCACUAAGCCUAAGGGCUGGAAAAUGAGUGACGCUUUUGAACUCAAAGUUUCUACAGCUGUGCCAGUCCCAGAGCAGCUCACAGUGGAUUCAGUGACUCCAGUAUCUAUAAAUCUCACAUGGGCUCCACCACAAGGAAUAGAUCAGAUUCCAGUAUCUUACCAGAUCUCAUACACCAGUAGACUAUUACAAAAUGUGACCAUCUAUACAGAGUCAUGCAAUACAGUCAUCACAGGCCUGCAACCAGACACCGACUAUAAAAUCAGUGUCUGUACAAAGGCUAAAGAGGGUGGAAUGAGUGAACCUGUAAAACAAUUGGUCCAUACAGAACCUUUCACCAAGAAAUUUUACCCCAUUGUGAUUGGGAAUACUCAGAAUCAUCACCAGGCAUUGAAGGGAAUGCUUAUCAACGAAGGCUUGAAAGAAGUUAAAAGUGUGGAAAGUUGUGACGUAAUCUUGGCUUUCUGUGUGAUCGUGUCCCGUGUUGGAACAGACAUGGAGGCAGCUCUUAAAGAAAUACCAGAUUCCAAGCCUGUCGUUCUGACAGUGAUGCACCACACCUUUGAUCCUGACCAUGUGACUCCAGACACCAGCCGAUUCGUGAGAGGGAGAAAUAUUAUGGUGGUCGACAUUUUGUUCCAUGAAGACAAAGGGAUACUGAGGUGUCAAAAGAACACAGAGGCACAGAGCAAAAUGCUGGAGAUGGUUUGGACUUGCUCUGAGCCUGGUGGACCUACCUCCUCACAAUGGAGGAAAAAUCUAUUGCCUAUACCUCAGGCCCAGCAGCCUCCAGCCACCCCCCAGACCAAGAUUGAUAUUCCAAAAAAAUCCACACGUAAUUCAGAACCUGCCCAACAUGGAAACAGCUCAGGCAAAUCCCUUGGACACAAAUCGGAGUCAAAAGAAAACACUAAAAAAGCUAUUGUCAGUUCUGCUUCAUCUACAGAAGUCAAAUACUCAGCCAUUGUCAGUGGAAACACAUUGGGUGCGGAUAAAGAUGUUAAGAAACAUCUCGCAGACAAAGGAGUUUUACCAAAGGAAGCGUCUUCAGUGGCACAGUGCAAUUUCCUCCUGGUAUUCUGCCCAAUUGUUUCCUCUGUUGGAAGUGACAUUGAAAAAGCUUUGAAACAAAUCCCUGGUGAAAAGCCGUACAUCCUAGUGGUGAUGCACCACACCUUUAAUACAGAGUACCUGCCACCAGACACCAGGCGCUAUGCUAAGGACAGCAACAUGCUUAUUGUAGACUGCUUGUUCUAUGAAGAUACUGGCUUGCUGAAGUGCCAGAGGAAUGAUGAGGCAUUGGAGCAUGUUAGGAAAUGGCUACACGGAAAGUUCCCAAAUGUUGUGGAAAAGAGUCAAAAUGUGUCAUGGCCAUCUUUAGGGGGAUUCUUUUCGCGUCGCUAAGGCAUGUCAUGGGGUAGUGGCAAGAAAUAGCGAGUGCUGAAGAAUGAUGUCACAGCAACAGAAAUCCGGUUGUAUGGAGAAAUAUUGAAGUCCUUUAUAUGUAUUAUUGCAUGAGUCACACAGAUCAUAUUUAUUUAUAUCAAAUGCAAAACAUGAUAUAAUAAAUCUAUGGAAUGGCUAGUAGAACGUCACUAGUAAAAAAAAAGUAAUUUAUCUUACAGCUACUAACAGUUCAUCAGUGUAUUGUGAGGAUCAGCUGUUGUUGUGGUUUGUAUACAUAAAAUGUAGAUUUGCUGAAAAAUUUAACAACAAAAUAAAGUUUGUUUGUUUGUUUAUUUGUUUGUUUGCUUGCCCAGGAUCAAUCUCUGCUAAUUUUUGUCCCAAAUAUGUAUCUUUUAAAAGAGAAUGUAUCAAUAGAUAUCAAUAUGUACUGGCUAUACUCAUCAGGAACCACUGGUAUUGUUAUAAACAGACAGUAACCACCAUCAUCAUGAAACAUGUUCUGAAUGCUUGAAUAUCUGACACUGUUGCAGUCCACCUUACCGUGACCACAGAAUUCAAUGGUUUACCCACUUUGUAUUUUACCACACUCCUGGACACAAUUACUGUAUGUUACAUUUUCAUUUCAGUAAUGUUUCAUUCCUCAUUUUAUCUGUAAAUUAGCUUACUUUCUGAAUUAUUAUGUAAUUAUUAUCAUGAUGAAUACUGUCACAUUUCAUUCAUUCUUGUAAAAGGUCAACUUCAUAUAUCCUCAGAUACAGCUGUGGUGACAAUAUUGAAUGCUUAAACUACUAUGUCUCUUCCUAAUUUUGAAGCAGAUGAAAUUCCUGUUGGACUCACAGUGAAUGAAAUGAUGACUGAUAUACCUGGCAUGCCUGUUGUUUCAGAAGCUGAAUCUGUUGUGAUUAUAGUUUUGAUCAAAGCGCUGUCAGAAACGUACUGUAGCCUAGUACUAAUAUGCAGAGUGGCCUAGUCACAUGUUAAAGGCUUAUAGACAUGCAUGUCAGAUUUCUAGAUGCUGCUUUGCAUCUACAGUGAAGAAUUUGUCAUGGUACACUUCUGAACUACUUCAUUUGCCAAUUCGGACUAUUUAUCUGCACUUAAUAUGCGAUCAUGAGUUGUGCUAAUAAUAAAAAGUCUGCUGGUUGAUUUUAAA